AUAGCUAAAGUUGAUGUGGUUGGAGUGUUAAAUAUCAAAAAAUCUUUAUUAUACAACAAAAACACAAUAUGAAAUGGUAAGUCAUUGUCAGAAAAGCACUAAAAUGUAAAAUAUUUCAAAUCGACAGUGUUGACAUGUGUCCUUUGACAGACUGAAAUCCCAGUUUGUUUUAUGGCGUCAGCAUGUGGACAAGUAGAUGUGUGUGUUUUGAUAGUGAGGUGAAGGUGCUCACACAUUUAGCAGCACUGAAGCGAUCUUUAAAUACAUGACUGUGAAAAGUAAUUUUUAAUGAUGGCUUGUAUCUUUGACCACAUACUUUAUCAGUUCAUUCUUAUUUAAUAUGAAAUGUGCCUAGCAGCUUCCCCUCAGUAAGAUAAUUAAUGAGGUCUGACAAGACACUAGUGUGAUCACUCUACAGGGGUAGAGAGAGGAAGCAGAGUUACAAAUGAGUUUAUACAGAAUAUCGUGGCACCUUUCCAAUCAGAUAAGAGGCAUGGAUUUUACUCUCAUGAGGUUACAGUUAAAAUAUGUUGGUGCUGGCUCUGACUGUCCCCAAAAUAAAGACAGAUAAAUUAAAAGUGUCCUCAUGCAUGACUUAAUGGUUUUGGGCUAGUUAAUAUUGCAGCACAGUAAAACUACAAAUGGCACAAAGAGCAGAGGGUUUAAUUGGGCCUCUGGAGCCUCAUAGCAGGUUAAUCUGACCAUAGCUAACUAUUUUUAUUUUUGAUUAAUCAGAUUAUUUUCAUGAUUAAACAGUUAAUUUGUUUAGUCUAUAAAAUGUGACAAAGGGUCAGCACAAUUUCCCAAAAGUGGAAACACUUUUGGCUUUCCAAAGAGCCCAAUGUGACAUAUUUAAAUAGCUUCUUUUGUCCAGCCAACAGUCUAAAACCCAAAUACUCCUCAUUAAUUAUAAGGAAAAGCUGCAAAUCCUCACAUUUAAUUUUAAAAGCCUGGAACCAGCAGAUGUUUGACCAUUUUGCUUGAAAACGGACUGAAUCUGGGUCAAACUGUCAGAAUGGUUGUUUGGGUGGUUACAACAGUAACAGUAUCAUGACACUAUGUCUUUCCUCUCAGACAUCGCUCCCGUUGUAUCCUCUAGUGUAGAAGAAAAUCUACUGUCCACAGAAAUAUUUAAAAGGGGCGUUCGUAAAACAAAAAACAAAAAACGAUUUGUCGCACCUGGCUUUCCGUAGCGCCACGCAUAGUGGGUGGGGAAGUGCAACGCAAAGGCAAAGAGGUCAAGAGGAGGGGAGGAGAGAACCACGUGUGAUCCCCACUAUGUACAGCACUGUCCUUCCUCGGUAGACUUGUUUUUGUAAGCUUGUACCCUUCGCAUGUAGCCAGCUAGCCUGCGUUAGCCGGAGAAGCAGAUUUCUUUUUUCUAUUUCUUUUCCAGACUUCACAUAUUCAGGCAACGCUGCUGCUGGGAGAUUUGUGUUGCCACACUGACUGCCGACCAUGGUGAGCAAGACAGAUGACAUCCCGGCGUCGGUGCCUAGCUGUAAUCCGGUUGAUCUUGCGGAUGAAGCCGGGGAUGGAGCCCAGGACAGCAAAGAAUCCAGCAAGACGAGUCUGAAGGAGUCCUGCGGUUGUGGGCACAGUGCAGAUACAGCCAUGGUGAACGGUGACGGGGCUCACGGGCACACGGAGGAGGCAGAGUCGAAGCAGGACGGGAACGGCGAGGCGGACGGAGGAGAGGAUUCUAACGAACAGGAAGUGAUCGUGAUCCAGGACACAGGCUUCACCGUUAAGAUCCAGGCACCUGGAACAGAGCCAUUCGACCUGCAGGUCUCUCCCCAGGAGAUGGUGCAGGAGAUCCAUCAGGUGCUGAUGGACCGUGAGGACACCUGCCACCGCACCUGCUUCUCCCUACAGCUGGAUGGAAACGUGCUGGACAACUUUGCCGAGCUCAAGUCCAUCGAGGGCCUGCAGGAGGGCUCGCUGCUCAAAGUGGUGGAAGAGCCCUACACAGUGCGCGAGGCCCGCAUCCAUGUGCGUCAUAUCAGAGACCUGCUGAAAAGUCUGGACCCCUCAGAUGCCUACAACGGGGUGGACUGCAACUCCCUCUCCUUCCUCAGCAUCUUCACUGACGGAGACCUCGGAGAUAGCGGUAAGAGGAAGAAAAAGGGCAACGAGCUGGAGCAGAUCGACUGCACCCCCCCAGAGCACAUCCUGCCCGGCAGCAAAGAGCGCCCCCUGGUGCCCCUCCAGCCACAGAAUAAGGACUGGAAGCCUAUGCAGUGCCUGAAGGUCCUGACCAUGAGUGGCUGGAACCCUCCACCUGGAAACAGGAAGAUGCACGGCGACCUCAUGUACCUGUACAUUGUGACUGUGGAGGAGCGCCAUGUCAGCCUCACUGCCUCUACACGCGGCUUCUACCUCAACCAAUCUACUACCUACACCUUUAACCCUAAGCCAGCCAAUCCCAGCUUCCUGAGCCAUUCACUGGUGGAGCUCCUGAGCCAGAUCAGCCCUGCCUUCAAGAAGAACUUCACUGCCCUGCAAAAGAAAAGGGUCCAGAGACACCCGUUUGAGAGGAUAGCCACUCCUUUCCAGGUAUACAGCUGGACAGCUCCGCAGGUAGACCACGCCAUGGACUGUGUUCGGGCUGAGGAUGCCUACACCUCCCGCCUGGGUUAUGAGGAGCACAUACCUGGACAGACCAGAGAUUGGAACGAGGAGCUGCAGACCACAAGAGAGCUGCCCCGGAAGAACCUGCCUGAACGCCUGCUGAGGGAGAGAGCCAUAUUCAAGGUCCACAGUGACUUCGCAGCAGCUGCCACUCGAGGCGCCAUGGCGGUCAUCGACGGUAACGUGAUGGCCAUCAACCCUGGUGAGGAAACGCGCAUGCAGAUGUUCAUCUGGAACAACAUCUUCUUCAGCCUGGGUUUCGAUGUGCGGGACCACUAUCGUGAGCUGGGCGGAGAUGCCGCCGCCCACGCCGCACCCACCAAUGACUUGAACGGUGUGCGGGCUUACGGGGCCGUGGAUGUGGAGGGUCUGUACACUCUGGGGACGGUCGUAGUUGACUACAGAGGCUACCGUGUCACCGCCCAGUCCAUCAUCCCGGGUAUUCUGGAGCGUGAGCAGGAGCAGAGCGUCAUCUACGGCUCCAUCGACUUUGGGAAGACAGUUGUGUCGCACAGCAAAUACCUGGAGCUGCUGGAGAAAACCAGCAGGCCACUCAAGGUCCAGAGACACAACGUGCUGAACGAGAAAGACGACAAGGUGGAGCUGUGCUCUUCAGUCGAGUGUAAGGGCAUCAUCGGAAACGACGGCCGCCACUAUAUUCUGGACCUUCUCCGCACUUUCCCUCCUGACCUCAACUUCCUGCCUGUGGAGGGAGAGGAGCUGCCUCCAGAGAGUCAGCGCCAAGGCUUCCCCCGCCAGCACCGCCACCGCCUGGCUUGUUUACGCCAAGAGCUCAUCGAGGCCUUCGUGGAGCACAGAUAUCUUCUCUUCAUGAAGAUGGCGGCGUUGCAGCUCAUGCAGCAAAAGGCAAACAAGGACACUAAGACUGACACACCCGCCAUCACAGAAACCUCUGACACGCCCUCAGAAAGCAACGCCGACACCACCCAGACACAAACGGCUGCAUCAGAUCCUCCCACUGUAACAGAGGUCCCCGCGGACAGCACAAACCAGACAGACAGCAACACCUCUGCUGCUACAGAGGCAGUGAAAGAGGGUGAAGAAAACUCUGCGAAGCCCGCCACAAACGGGCCUCUCGACCUCACAACCACCCAGAACGGGGAAUGCAAGAACCCACUGGAGGGUAAGGAGCUUGAGGAAAGUAUUCCGGGAUUAGCUCAGGCCAAAGAGCUGGCGGAGACCUUAGUUGGCGAAGACGGAUCUUGUAUUGAUCCUAAAAGCCGUGAGGUCGUCCUCAAUGCCUGCAAGGCAGUCGGCUCCAUCAGCAACACAUCUUUCGACAUUCGCUUCAACCCGGACAUCUUCUCACCAGGAGUACGAUUCCCAGACGACUGCGCAGAUGAUGUCCAGAAGCAGAAGCAGCUUCUCAAAGACGCCGCAGCCUUCCUGGUGUCCUGUCAGGUCCCGUCACUGGUUAAAGACUGUUUGGACCACAGCGCUCUGCCCAUGGACGGAGCUACGCUGACCGAGGCCUUGCGCCAGAGAGGCAUCAACAUUCGCUAUCUGGGCUCUGUUCUGGAGUUUGUGGAUAAGACUCCUGCCAAAGCCCAGCUGGAGCACUUCUAUAGAAUAGGAAUCAGUGAACUGAUCACCAGAUGUGCAAAACAUAUCUUCAAGACAUACCUCCAGGGUGUGGAGCUGUCUGCCCUCUCCGCCGCUGUGAGCCAUUUCCUAAACUGCUUCCUGAGCUCCUUCCCCGAUGCCGUCGCCCACCUUCCUCCCGAUGAGCUGGUGUCACGCCGCAAAAGCCGCAAACGUCGCAACAGGGUCCCCGGCGGCGGUGACAACACAGCGUGGGCCAGCCUGACGCCCAGUGAGCUGUGGAAGAACAUCGCCUCUGAGGCUCAGAGCUAUUAUCACUUCACCAUACAAUGUGAUGGUGUGGACCAGGUGGUGGAGAAAUACGGCCUGCAGAAAAUCACACUGCUCAGAGAAAUUUCAGUCAAAACUGGCAUCCAGAUCCUGAUAAAAGAGUAUAACUUCGACAGCCGUCACAAGCCCGCGUUCACAGAGGAGGACAUCCUGAAUAUUUUCCCUGUAGUGAAGCACGUGAACCCCAAAGCCUCCGAUGCCUUCCACUUCUUCCAGAGUGGACAGGCCAAAGUGCAGCAAGGUUUUCUGAAGGAAGGCUGCGAGCUGAUCAACGAGGCUCUAAACCUCUUCAACAAUGUGUAUGGAGCCAUGCACGUAGAGAUCUGCGCCUGCCUCCGCCUGCUGGCACGCCUUAAUUACAUCAUGGGAGACCACCCUGAGGCUCUCAGCAACCAGCAGAAGGCUGUUCUGAUGAGCGAGAGAGUCCUCGGCAUCGAGCACCCCAACACAAUUCAAGAAUAUAUGCACUUGGCUCUGUACUGCUUUGCAAACGGCCAGUUGUCUACCGCCCUGAAGCUGCUGUACCGCGCCCGUUACCUCAUGCUGAUGGUGACCGGAGAGGACCACCCAGAGAUGGCACUGCUAGAUAGUAAUAUCGGGCUGGUGCUGCACGGAGUGAUGGAGUACGAUUUAUCACUGAGAUUCCUGGAGAACGCCUUGACCAUCAACACAAAGUACCACGGACCCAGAUCCCUCAAAGUGGCCCUCAGCCAUCAUUUGGUCGCGAGGGUUUACGAGAGCAAGGCUGAGUUCCGCUCUGCACUACAGCACGAGAAGGAGGGUUACACCAUUUACAAGAACCAGAUGGGCGAGGGACAUGAGAAAACCAAGGAGAGCUCAGAGUACCUGAAGUAUCUCACCCAACAGGCUGUAGCUCUGCAGAGAACCAUGAAUGAGAUCUACAAGAACGGUUCCAACGCCUCCAUCAUGCCCCUCAAGUUUACUGCUCCCAGCAUGGCUAGUGUCCUGGAACAGCUCAACAUUAUCAACGGCAUCAUCUUUAUACCACUCAGCCAAAAGGAUCUGGAGAACCUGAAGGCAGAGGUGCAGAGGCGGCAGCAGCUGCAGGAGCUGGGAAAGAUUGAGGAGACCACAGAGGACAGCCGACUGGAAUUAGAGGACAAAAUUCCCAUUGAUUAAUGUCUAAAAAAAAAAGCCCUCAACACAGCUACUUUCUGCUACCGGGGCGGGGGGGGAGAGAGAGAGAGAGAGGCCGUGAUGCAACAGCCAUGUCACUGAGCCUGUGGACCUGAGAAACAAGCAGUCAGCAUUGAAAUACACAGGGGGAGGGAUGGGUCAGGGCAGUGCAGAGAACAAUCUGUAUGAACUGUAGGACAAAAGGAACUUGGAGCAGGAGUUUCCCACAUCCCACAAGGUGGGAAGGGAAGGAGGAGACGGUACAAACAACAUAGAAUCGAAAUAUCAUGCAACCCUGAAAAAAAAAAAAUCCCCGGCCCAAGAACCCGCUGAUGAAACUGCUUAGAAUAAUGAUUGCAUAUGAGAGAGUGGUCGCAGCCGGGGGAGGGGAGACCGAGGAUGACCAUGACAUUGUAUACCAGAGCCUUAUCCACCCAGUCAUGCUUCUUCUCAGCCCAAACCUCCCACAGCACUGUAAAGCCCAGGACCACAUUUUGCCCUGCCACUCCCUGCAAAGCCUCGAAGACCCCCCCGGGUAGCCACAGCCCACAGCCCACCCACCCCUACCGCCCACUCCCCCUCUCAGCGGUGCGCUAAAUGAUACAGCACCUACCCUGUCCUAGAACUCAGGGGUACUUUCUACUGUGCACUAAGCAGAAUACAGGCACUAAAUUUAAGAUUUGAGGCUUCAGAAUGUAAAUUCCCUUCUUGGGUACACAUCCCCCCCCCCAGGAUUAAUUAAUGUAAACGCUCUGUCACGCAUAUGUACGACAUCCCAGGUGGGUGCCUGCUGUGUCCUAUGGUUCCAGACAACAAAUACAGUGAGCAUUCAACCAGUUUGAUUUCAGUUGAUGGAUUCUUUCUUUCUUUCUUUUUUUUUUUUUUUUUUAGUAAAUAAAGUGGAUUUUGUAAAAGUGCACAGGAGAAUUUAAAGAAGGUAUUUUAGGCCUGUUGAUCAUCAAUUAAUUUAAGCCAUGUAUGUUUUAUAGAAAAUGUAUAGAAGUGGAUAAAAGAUGUAUAAAUCUCUAUCGGAUUUACUUGAUUGAUGUUAAUGGGAAAGAUUUGAAACGUCCACCAUAAGCAGUAGAUUUAUCUAUCUAUAUACUAGCUGUGUUCAAUCUUCUAUUUUUACACAUUGAACGACUAUGUGCAUGUAUGUUUGUUUGUAUGUGUGACGGUGUGUGUGUCUUUGUGUAGUCCAACAGAAAAUCUAAUGGCCACGGCUGUCGCCGCUUUUUGCUGCUGCAUAGUUUGAAUAGAGGCUGUAAGCGAACAUUGGCUUUCCAAAUGUUUUAUUUUUCUACUCAUAGUAAACCUGUUGGAUGGCUGAUGCCUCUUUUCAUAAAACAUUCAUGGCCACCGAUGUUGUAAAUCUGUUUCUGUACGAAUUGGUACUGAAAUGAACCACUGGACAGGUGCUCAACAUUGGCAGUAGUGACUGAUUUAUUGUUGCUGGGUGUUUUUUUUCUUUUUUUUUUUUUUCCUUUUUCCAUUAUUGGGUCAUCUUUUCAUAUGUAACUGAGACAAAAACCAGCUAGGAGUGUCUGUUCAUUGAGCAGUGUUUUGUGCACUUUCUCGUGCUGUUUCCGAUGUGCGGUCGCUGCACACCCAAAAGUGGACAUAAAGAAGGGCUGCCUCGAUGUGAUGUACCAAAAAAGACUGAAAGGUUUGUUUGCGCUUGUAUACAUGCAAUGUAUCCUUCCCAUGGCAAUUUGUUACUUAAUUGUUGCCGUGUCUAAAUGUAUGUGAUUAAAGCAAUAGAGAGAUGGUGCUGGAA